UUCAAACCGUGUCCGUCCAGCAGGGGGCGCUAAUGAGCUGGUGAGCCUUUAAUUGUCUCCGCGCGUCACUGAACCAAAAGAAGAAGAAGAAGAACGGGAAGGAAAGAAUUAGCUAGCCCGCUAACUCCUUUAGCAUCUUUCUGCUGUGUAGUGUUGUGACCAUGGCGCCUUUAGACCUGGAUAAGUACGUAGAAAUAGCAAGACACUGCAAAUACCUUCCUGAGAAUGAUUUAAAGAGAUUGUGCGACUAUGUUUGUGAUUUACUGCUGGAGGAGUCGAACGUUCAGCCCGUCUCGACUCCAGUCACUGUGUGUGGAGAUAUUCAUGGUCAGUUUUAUGAUCUAUGUGAGCUCUUCAGGACCGGAGGACAGGUCCCCGACACAAAUUACAUUUUCAUGGGAGACUUUGUAGACCGAGGAUAUUAUAGCUUGGAGACUUUCACACACCUCCUCGCUCUAAAGGCGAAGUGGCCUGAUCGUAUCACGCUUCUACGUGGAAACCACGAGAGCAGACAGAUCACACAAGUGUACGGCUUUUAUGAUGAGUGCCAAACAAAAUAUGGGAACGCAAACGCCUGGCGGUACUGCACAAAGGUGUUCGACAUGCUGACCGUGGCAGCUCUUAUCGACGAGCAGGUGCUCUGUGUUCACGGUGGACUCUCACCGGAUAUCAAGACUCUGGACCAGAUUCGCACCAUUGAGCGCAACCAAGAGAUUCCCCACAAGGGGGCCUUCUGUGACCUGGUGUGGUCCGACCCGGAGGACGUGGACACCUGGGCCAUCAGUCCCCGAGGAGCAGGAUGGCUGUUUGGCUCCAAGGUCACCAAUGAGUUUGUUCACAUCAACAACCUGAAGCUCAUCUGCCGCGCUCACCAGCUCGUUCACGAAGGCUACAAGUUCAUGUUUGACGAGAAGCUGGUGACCGUGUGGUCGGCGCCCAACUACUGCUACCGCUGCGGGAAUAUCGCCUCCAUCAUGGUCUUCAAAGACGUCAACAGACGAGAGCCAAAGCUGUUCCGCGCCGUCCCCGACUCCGAGCGCGUCAUACCUCCGAGAACAACCACGCCGUACUUCCUCUAAUGACCAGGAACGGUUCUCCUUCCUCUCCAGAAAUCUCAAACUUAUUUAUAUGCAACGUAUUUCAAAACAUUCACGGGAGAGACGUCCCCUCAGGUUCCUUCCUCCGUAUUUCUUCUGUAGUGAAAACAAACUUCUUCUUCUUCUGCCCCUUUAAGAAACAAUUCUUUAAACUUCAUAUUUUAUCACAAAGAAAAGGUUCUCUGAUUAUUUUUGACUUCCUGUCUCCCCCUGAAGCAGAAACACGUAACCCGGUGAUAUCUGGCAAUAACAGGCGUACGUAGACGUGACAUUUAUCAUUCUUUCUUUUGAUUGUCGCAGUUUGAGCUCAUGUUGCCUUUUUAAAGUCUCUCCUCUCAGAAGAUGAUCUCUAAUAAACUGCUGGUGUGAGAAUCAGCUGCUGAGCCACCCACAGCACUCUGCCUUAACUGCUGGUCUGAUUCAUUUUUACACUCGUUUUAAUUUAUUGUUUUUAAAGGUGUCUUCUGUUUCUGCUGACAUGAUGUGUUCUCACGACAGGUGUCACUCUUAAGCUGGUUUUUAUUUCCUGAUUCCAUGUUGUGAUGAAAUGUUUCAGGAGGAGGGGCUUCUAGAAGCAAUAUAAUUGAUCUUUAAACAGUUCCUCAGUGUUUGUGUAAUUCUUGAGUGACUCAGCUUGGUGCGUGUUUGUGACAGAGAAUCGCUCUCAAUGACUUUCCUCUGUUUUGUAAAUUCAAUAAAACUUUAUUCAUGAA